UUUGCAGGGACAACACAGUGGCGAGAGAGAGAGAUGAGAGGGUGGCAAGAGCUGGGUGUGGUGGACACCAUCUAUGAAGAUGACCAAGAAGAAGAAGAAGAAGAGGAGGAGGCAGAAGAUGAAAGCUUCAGCUCCUCCCUCGUUCCAUCCGUCAUCCACUCUCCAUCUCCGCCUCCCCCUCCUCGUUAUUUUUUGGCAUCACCCCUCUCUCUACAGAGCUGGGUGGAGAAAUGGACCGAAGCAACGGGAUCGAAGGCCGACGUUGUGGUUCGUGUGCACGAUCAAUGCUUCCAUCUUCACAGGCAUCCGCUGGUAACGAACAGCGGUUACUUGAAGCGUUACUUAACGGAGAACUCCGACGUCACUGUGUCGCCGCCGUCAAGCAUGACGGCGGCGACGUUCGAGGAGGUGGCCCGCUUCUGCUACGGCGGCGACGUCGCCCUGACGCCGUCCAACCUCGCGCCCCUCCGGGCGGCAGCGGAGUGGCUGGAGAUGGGGGCCGACUCGGGGCUCGUCCGGCGGGCGGAGGGGUACUUCUUCCGGGAGGUCGCGGCGGACGCGGGAAUCGCGGCGGAGGUGCUCCGCUCCUGCGCGGGGCUCCUCGGGGGCCCGGACGCCGAGGCCGCGGCGGCGGCGGGAGUGGCAGCUGGCUGCGUUGAGGUCCUCGCGGCGUCGGGCGACGAGGAGUGGUUGGACGACAUGGCGGCGCUGUCGGCGGAGGAGCUCGGGCGUAUCGCCACGGCGAUGCGGGCGCGCUUCGCUGACGACCACGACCUCCUCUACAGAGUAGUCGAUUACUACCUCCAUAACCAUGAGGGGAAGCUGACGGAGGAGGAGACGAGCCGGAUCUGCUGCAACGUCAACUGCGCCAAGCUCUCCCACGACAUCCUCGUCCACCUCGUCCAAAACCCCCGCCUCCCCCUCCGCUUCGUCGUCCAGGCCAUGCUCAUCGAGCAGCUCCACACCCGCAGCUGCAUCUUGGACCGCGCCACCCCAUCCCCCGCCGGUCCAGCGCCAAUCAAGCAACACAACCACCUCUGGAGCACCACCACCACCAUCUGCACCAGCAGAAGCCACGGCGACGGGCAGCUGACGCUGGGCGCCAUCCUCCAGCGCGACGCGACCCGGCGGCAGUCGGCCCACAUCCGCACCGCCAUGGAGGCCACCAGCCUCCGGAUCGAGAACCUAGAGCGGGACCUGGCCGGGCUGAGGCAGCGGCUGAGGUGGUCGGAGGAGAAGCAGCCGGAGAUGGACUCCUUGAAGUCGGCGAGCUUCCGCGUCGUUCGGCCUCGAGGCAGCGAGCUGGAGGAAGAGCCAGCGGUGGCGGAGGCGUCGUGCGACAGGCAACCGGCGAGGAGCGGGGGAGGUUUGGGUCGGAUGCUGGUGUGUGGUUUCAAGAACAUGUUCAGGAAGUCUGAUAGGGUCAAGGAGAGCAAUGGCUCGAGCCUCGGCCAGAGCGGCGGCGGGAUGGCGUUGGUGGUGAAGAAGGCGCGGCCAGGACACCGGAGGAAUCGCUCCUUGGAUUGAUACUGAAUACUGAGAGCAUAAUUUCUCUGUGUUUUUGUGGUUUCUGUUUGUGUUGAUUUAACUUAGUUUAAUGGAAGGAAAAACGAAA